AUGGCCGGUCAUCCAGGACAGGUGAGCACAGGGGCGAGCAGCGCAGCGUCACCGCCCCACGCGCCCUCCCUGCUCUGUGACGCGGUGGUGGCGGCCGGCGUUGGCCUGUUCCCCGCCGGUCUCAGUCCGGGGCCCGGAGCCAGAGCGCACGAUGACCGUCCUCCAGAGGCACACGCGUGGGCGCUCAGGCACCGCGUCCCCGCCAACCGCUGGGGGCCCACGCUGGCCGAGGCCGAGGGCGGUGUGCGUGGCCUGGCCACCAGUGCUUGUGCCCGCGCCAAAUUCUACGCGGAUCCCGUGGAGGCCGUCAAAGACAUCGCGGACAGGGCCAAGAUCAUGGUCAGCGGCUUCGGGCUCUGCGUGAUUCCAGAGAACCUGAUUCAGGCGCUGCUCCGCACGCGCGUCAAAGACUUGACCGUGGUCAGCAGCAACGUGGGCGUGGACGGCUUUGGGCCGGGCCUGUUACUGGAGGCCAAGCAGAUCGCCCGCCUCAUCUGCUCCUACGUGGGGGAGAACACGCUGGGCGAGCGCCGGUACCUGGCGGGCGAGCUGGAGCUGGAGCUGACGCCCCAGGGCACCCUGGCCGAGCACAUCCGCGCUGGGGGCGCCUGGGUGCCCGCCUUCUACACUCCCAUGGCCUACAGGACCCUGGUUCAGGAGGGAGGCGCCCCCAUCAGGUCCGCGCCCGACGGCCACAUCGCCACCAUGAGCCAGCCCCGAGAGGUGAGGGAGUUCCACGGGCACCACUAUCUUCUGGAGCAAGCCAUCACCGCCGAUUUUGCUUUGGUGAAGGGGUGGAAGGCCGACCGCGCCGGGAACGUCAUCUUCAGAAAAAGCGCCAGGAAUUUCAACGUGCCCAUGUGCAAAGCUGCGGAAACCUCCGUGGUGGAGGUGGAAGAAACCGUGGAUGUGGGGACCUUUGCCCCCGAAGACAUCCACGUUCCUAACAUUUAUGUCGACCGCGUGAUUCAGGGAGAAAAACACGAGAAAAGAAUUGAGCAUCUAGCCCUCAGGAAGGAGCACGAUGAAAAAGCCGAGUCUGCAGAUGACCCCGGGGCCCGAAUUGUCAAGCGGGCAGCUCUUGAAUUUGAGGAAGGCAUGUAUGCCAAUCUGGGCAUAGGAAUCCCGCUCCUGGCCAGCAACUACAUCAGCCCGGACAUGACUGUUCAUCUUCACAGUGAACAUGGCAUCCUGGGCUUGGGGCCGUUCCCACCCAAAGAUGUGGAUGCAGAUCUCAUCAACGCGGGCAAGCAGACGAUGAGCAUUUUCCCCGGGGGCUGUUUCUUCUCCAGCGGUGACUCAUUCGCCAUGAUUCGAGGGGGGCACCUCGACCUCACCAUGCUGGGAGCCAUGCAGGUCUCUAAAUACCGUGACCUCGCUAACUGGAUGAUACCCGGGAAGAAGGUGAAAGGCAUGGGGGGGGGGUGGGUGGGCAUGGACUUGGUGUCCAGUCCCAAGACCAGAGUGGUGGUCACCAUGGCGCACUGCACCAAGGCCAACGAACCCAAAAUCUCGGAGAAGCGUACCAUGCCGCUGACCGGGAAGCGCUGUGUGGACCGGAUCAUCACUGACAAGGCCGUGUUCGACGUGCACAAGAAGAAACACCUGACGCUGAUCGAGCUCUGGGGCGGGCUGACCGUGGACGAUGUCACAGAGCACGGGCAGCCCUUCGCCGUGUCACCGAACCUCAGACCCAUGCAGCAGGUGGCCGCCUGACCCGGGGAAGGAAGCCCUGGUCAGAGGGUGUGUUUCAUUUUCACCACUGCCUCUCACCCAGAAGGGGUGUCAUCACGCCUGUCCGUUCGUCUGACCGGUUCUCCUGGCGUCUCAGACUUGGCUACCGCCAGACAGACUAUUCUCUCAUUAGGAAUAUGGCUUUAAUUAAAAACAAAAGGAGAUCAUUGGUGUUUCUCUUGCAUGUUCUGUGAGUCCUGAGUUAGGUCUGGUUCCGUCGUCGGGCACUCGGACGCCCUCCUCACUGUGAUGUUUACGUUAAAUUCCUGCAGCUCUGAUGAUCCCACAGGAAGGCUUUCACCGAGGAGCCUUCUCUCGGGAACGAGCCACGAAAUGUGAGGGGAAGGGAUGAGGGAGGAGUAACCACCCCCGUAUCCCCAAGGCUCCUUCCAGUGUCAGCCCCUGCAGCUGACCCCCCUCCCGUCCCAGCAGGAUCGUUCCUGAGCGGUGCCUCUAACGUGUCCGGUGCAUUUGUUUGUGGGAGGUGAUGUCAUAGAUCAAAGUUUAGUCUCUGGACUGAUUAGUUCAACCAACUUGGCCCGGGGCCCCAGGUCUAGAGCCCGGCUGUUUAAGGGCUGACCUUUGCCAGCUGAGCAGGACUGGGAUGGUUUCACAGUGAAUCAGACACCCGCUAAUGGAACAGACACGUAGCAUCGUGUAUGUGUAUGUCUGUAUCCUGUAUGAGAAGUGCACGGGUGUUUCCAUACGUACGUGCGUACAUGUGCCUGUGCGUGUGUGUGUGUGUCAGGGUGGCAACACUGAGGUGAUGUACAGGAAGUAGAGCAGUUGGCACUGUGUUUUAAGGAGCAUAAAAGUCAGUAAUCACCUCCUGUCGUUUAGUUUAAGAAAAUACCGUGGGAGGGGCUCU